AUGACACAAUGGUUUCAACUUCAACAAGAUCAUGGAGUCGAUGAUGGAGCUCUUGUUUCACAACAUUUAAGGUUCAGUCUGGCUGAUACUUGUUGUUUCAAUAUUGCCAAAUAUAUUUCCUCUCAAAAUCUAAAUCCACAUCAUGUACAUGAUCUAAUUGGACAUGUUAAGUUUAAUUCAGAAUACAUUUCAAAGAUAUGGGAUUUGAUCGUUUUGCUCAAGGGAGAUAACCUAGAGACUUAUUUGAUCUUUAAGAGUUAUCUUAGUUUUAAACCAAGUGGUGACGAUGGCAGUAGUUACAGAUAUGAAUCGUUGAUCAUAGAUCCUAAUAAAACACAAUUAGACAUUAAACCUACUGUAAGUUACCUUAAUAGUUUCCCCAGUUUGUUUAAUUUUGAUGGUAGAUUCAUUACCGUGCUGGAUUUAGAGCUGGAUUACGAAAAUUUGAUUGUUUUAACUAACAUCAACAGUUUGGUUUCGUUGGCUGUCAAAAUAAUACCUAGAGAUGAAAUUACCCAUAACAUAGAGGAUAUAGCAAGACUUUGGAAAUCAUCUUUGCAAUUAUCUAGAGGGAAAUGGAAGAGUUUGACAACUUUAUCACUUCCGCAAUUGAAGAAUCCUAAAAUAUUUUAUGAUCUGUUUGAAACUAUAGACUCACUAAGAGCUUUGGAGACAGGCAUCAAUCCAAAUACUAUAGCUCAGAUACCUUUAAUUUCAUCUAAAAUAAAGUACUUUGAUGACUCUUCAUUAACGAAUAAGUCGAUAUAUGAAAAGUAUCUGAUAAUUAGAGAAAAAUGUAGUGCUUCAAUUGAUCAAUACAACUCUGUGUUUGAUAUUAAAAUACAGUUAUCACCGAUAGUUCAACCACCUCUAAGAAAAUAUCAAUUUAUCUCUAGAACUACAAAUAAGCAUUACUUGACUUUACAACAAAGUUUCAUUUAUAUUCGUUAUAGGAACUCUGACAGCAAUAAACGGACGAUGGAACCAGGCCAACCUGGUUUAACUAAGAAUAGAAGAAUGAACAAUAUAAAAGGUAAAAAUAUAUCAGUGUCUAAUUUUUUUGGCUAUAAGAUGUAA